GCCGUGUCGUUGUUUACCAGCCUACAUACAGAGAAAGAGAAGAAGAAGAAAACGAGCGAAGAAGACACGAAAACGAACGUCGCUUGAAUUAUUUUUAUCAGUACCAUGCCGAAGAGGAAAGUUACGUUUGAGGACGGGGACGGGGAGUUUGAGCUGGAUGACGACCUCCCAAACAAAAAGAGUGCUGAGGUCGUGAGUGGACCAGGCUCCAGGUUUAAGGGCAAACAUUCCCUUGAUAGCGAUGAAGAGGAUGAAGGGGAAGAGAAAAACAGUAGCAAAUAUGAUAUUCUGGCCAGUGAUGACGUGGAGGGCCAAGAGGGAGCAACAAUUGACUUUGACGAGGGAGUCUCUAUUACACCUUUCAACCUGCAAGAGGAAAUGCAGGAAGGACACUUUGACUCCGAGGGAAACUAUUUCAUCAAAAAGGAAGAACAGAUUAGAGACAACUGGCUUGACAACAUUGACUGGGUGAGAAUUAAAGAACAGCCCUUCAAACAAAAGAAAAAAGGUCUUGGAGCCAAACGAAAACGCAGAGUUGGUGAUGAGGAUGAGGCUGAGGAAGAGAAACAGAGAGAAGAGAAGCAGGCAGACAAAGAAAAUGAUGAAGAAGAAGAAGAGGAGGAGGUGGAGCCCGCAGAGGACCCGCUGGCAUCCUACACGCAGCACCAGCUCACUGAAGCUGUGAUUGAACUGUUGCUUCCUGGGGAGACAGUUGCCAAAGCGCUUCGUCGGCUAGGAGGCCUUGGAGGACAGAAGAAGGGGAAGCUGAGGGAAGAGAGUGAACCCACAGAGGAGACCAAAAGGGAUACAGAAAAGCUCGACAGGCUCACAGCACUAGCUGACAGAUUGGUUGGAUCUGGGAUGUUUGAGAUUUAUCAGCAAACAUAUGAAAAACUGGCCUAUUUGUUGAAGAGCAUGAGCAGCACCAGACCAGCUGUGGGGAGGGAACCCGGCGGUGAUGGUGAUGAAGAGGAAGACGAACUCGACAUGUUUGCAGAUAAAUUUGACGAGUCGCAUACAGCAGAUAAAAAGGAAGUAGAAGACAAUAAAGUGAGCGAUGAGGUGAUGUGGGAGUACAAAUGGGAAAAUAAGGAUGAUUCUGAAGUUUUUGGCCCCUUCACCAGUCAGCAGAUGCAGGAUUGGGUGGAUGAAGGCUAUUUCAGCUCGGGUGUUUACUGCAAGAGGGUCGACCAGGAGGGAGCUCAGUUCUACAACUCAAAGAGACUGGACUUUGAGCUCUAUACAUGAUCAGUGUCCCAUAAAUGAAUCAUAACCACCAUGAUCACUCUCUGCAGUCACAUUUUGCCCUCGAUCUAUCUUCAGUCUUUUGUCCAGGGCUUUGGUGUCAGAUCUAUCAUUUUAACAGGGGCUUUGUUUUCUGUGCAUUGGUUUUAAAUAAAUAACUCAUGUAUGUGGUGUUGCUAUCAGCUAUUUUUGUUAUGUUUUCUUAAGAUUCAAAUCAUGUGGGGUCAUUUUAAGACACUUUGAGAACCAUUAUGAUUCUCAUUUAGUGAAGUUUACAUGGCCAUCCCACUUUACAUUUAAUUAUUUGAAUCAUUUUUUUUUUACUGUUAAGUAUUUUACACUUGAACAUUUACUACUGUUAAGAUGAGAAUAUACUGCUGUACUUUAUUGUCAAUUCAGCCAGCUUUUUAUCCCAGACCUCAGUACUGAAUGGCACUUUUGCUGUGAAGAAAUUCAUGUCUUCAGUUGAGUAGAUUAUGGAGAUGUUAACUGCACAAGUAGUCAUAGUUAGAUACCAUGGCUAGCUGUUAGAUUUUAUCUACUUUGCAUGUUGUCACUAAUACAUCAGUGUUACCUCCCAGACUUACAAAUAAUUGAGCCACAUUAAAAUUAUGUAUGUUCUGUCAUAUCAGAGUUUGCAAAAGAUUAAUCUGGACAUGUUUUACUGUUAAAAGUGACGAGAAGAUGCUGGAUUUUGGCAGUAUGUUUUAGAGCUCAACAAUUAGUUGAUCAAAAGAAAAUAAAUCUGUAUUUCAGUCUCUUUUCAAGCAA